AUGUCAAGCUUAGAGCAGCCUCUUGGACUGGACAAGUUGCCAAGCUUGAGCAACAUCGACUGGCUUAAUAGGUGCUCAUCCAGUGCAUGCAGACCCAUAGAAGAGGAUAUGGGAAUGGGAAACUGCUGGAUCGAAGGAAGAAGUUGCAGUUCAUCUAACAGCUGCAAUGAAGAUUCUGAAGAGUACAGGCGAGAGACUUUACCAUGGAAAAGACAAAUGAGGGGCUCAUCGCAAAGGACUUCAAAUGCAGGCAGGAACUCUGUGGCCUGUGGAAUUGUGAAUGAUUUGCGCUACUUGUCCAAUCAUCAAGGUCACUCCUAUAGCAAUGACAAAGACGUAGGAGAGACGAAAUAUAAGUUUUUCAAAGACAUACCAAGAUAUGUGAAGAUAGUAGAAGUUGGUCCGAGAGAUGGGUUGCAAAACGAGAAGACCAUUGUCCCAACAUCUGUGAAGGUCGAAUUAAUCCGUAAACUUAUUUCUUCUGGAUUGCCUGUAGUUGAAGCUACAAGCUUUGUGUCACCAAAAUGGGUUCCUCAGCUGGCAGAUGCAAGGGAUGUGAUAGACGCAAUUAAGAAUUUCGAAGGUGUUAAAUUUCCCGUGCUGACACCCAAUCUAAAGGGGUUCAAAGCAGCCACUGCAGCUGGUGCAAAAGAAGUAGCUGUCUUUGCAUCAGCUUCCGAGUCCUUCUCAAAAUCAAACAUCAACUGCACUAUCGAAGAAAGUCUUUCUCGUUAUCGUGCAGUUACUUCUUCUGCCAAAGAGCUUUCAAUUCCUGUGCGUGGGUAUGUCUCAUGCAUUGUUGGCUGUCCAGUUGAAGGAUCAAUCUCCCCGUCAAAAGUUGCAUAUGUGGCAAAGGAACUUCAUGACAUGGGUUGCUUUGAAAUCUCACUCGGAGAUACUAUAGGAGUUGCUACACCUGGUAACGUGCUUCCUAUGCUUGAAGCUGUGAUGGCUGUUGUUCCUGUUGAGAAGCUUGCUGUCCAUUUCCACGACACAUAUGGCCAGGCUCUAUCAAAUAUAUUAGUAUCGCUUCAAAUGGGGAUUAGCACAGUGGAUUCCUCAAUCUCUGGUCUCGGAGGGUGCCCAUAUGCCAAGGGGGCUUCAGGGAAUGUUGCGACUGAGGAUGUCGUCUACAUGCUUAGUGGUCUUGGUGUGAAAACCAAUGUCGAUCUCAACAAACUCUUGCUGGCCGGAGAGUAUAUCAGCAAACAGUUGGGUCGAACAUCAGGUUCCAAGACGGCCAUUGCAUUGAGCCGCGCAACUCCAGAUGCUUCUAAGAUUUGA